AUGGCAACAGUAGAUCGACUCGUAUUAUUUUCUACAAUAUUAUUUUGUAUUGCUGAUCUACUCGUUCUCAUCAGCAUAUCACGACCACGAUGGCUUUUAUCUGUUAAUCAAGGUGAAACAUCAAUUGGUCUUAUUGAAAUGUGUAUUAUGUUCUCAUCAUCAUCAUCAUCAUCAUCAUCAAAUUCUAAUGAUCAAAAAUGUUUUAUUCCACAUCAUUUUCGUUCAGUAUGGAUUAUAUCAUUUGGUUUAGCAAUUGGUGCUUUUAUUCUUCUUUCAUUAACUAUUCUUUUUCUUGUUACUUCACAAUAUACACGAAUAACAAUAGCUGAAUAUGGUCGACUUACUGGAUUUAUUGCCAUGAUCUUUUUAUGUCUUUCAAGUGUUCUUUUUCCAAUUGGUUUUGAUUCAGAAAUUAUUGGUGGUUCACCAUUUCAAUUACCAUCUGAUUAUCAAAUAGGAUCAAGUUAUAUUCUAUUUGUUAGUGCAACUUGGUUAACUGUUAUUUCAACAUUAAUAACUGGAAAAAUAUGUUUACCAACAUUUAUUAUUUAA